UUGCAGAGUGCAAUGAUGCAGCAUUAAAUGACAGCCUUGAAAAAGUAGCUGAUGAUACCUUGGAAGGUCUCAAAGGAAUGGGAGCUUUUGGUCUUCAGGUUCCUACAGAACUAGGUGGUGUAGGUCUCUCCAAUACCCAGUAUGCACGGAUGGUGGAAAUUGUUGGAGGUCAUGAUCUUGGAGUUGGUAUUACUCUUGGAGCUCAUCAGUCGAUUGGAUUUAAGGCAAUCUUGAUUUGUGGUAAUGAUGAGCAGAAAGCAAGAUAUUUGCCAUCGGUUGCCUCUGGAGAAAAAAUUGCUUGUUUUUGCCUCACAGAACCUACUAGUGGAUCUGAUGCAGGGUCAAUUAGAAGUAGAGCUGUACUUUCUGAAGAUGGUUCUCAUUACAUAUUGAAUGGAUCAAAGAUCUGGAUAAGCAAUGGUGGAAUGGCAGAGAUUUUCACCGUGUUUGCUCAGACUGAAGUUGUAGACAAAAAGACAGGUAACAAGAGAGACAAGGUGUCAGCAUUUAUUGUGGAACGUGCUUUUGGUGGAGUUUCUCAUGGCGCUCCAGAGAAGAAAAUGGGUAUUAAAGCCUCAAAUACUGCUGAGGUUUAUUUCGAAGAUGUUAAAAUUCCCAUUGAGAAUGUUUUAGGUGAAGUUGGCUCAGGUUUUAAGGUUGCUAUGGAAGUCCUGAACAAUGGAAGGUUUGGUAUGGCAGCUGCACUCUCAGGAACUAUGCGCUACUCAAUAAAGAAGGCUGUAGACUUUGCAACCUCUCGAACUCAAUUUGGACGUAGAAUUGACAGUUUUGGAGCAAUCCAGGAAAAGUUGGCUCGAAUGGCUAUGUAUCAUUACGUCACAGAAUCUAUGGCAUUUAUGAUAUCGUCGAAUAUGGAUUCUGGAUCUAAGGAUUAUCACUUAGAAGCUGCAAUUAGCAAGGUUUUUGCAUCUGAGGCAGCUUGGACAGUAACUGAUGAGGCUAUUCAGAUCAUGGGUGGCAUGGGCUUCAUGAAGGAAACUGGACUUGAAAGAGUUAUGAGAGAUCUCCGUAUUUUCAGGAUCUUUGAAGGAACGAAUGACAUACUCCGUCUCUUUGUUGCUCUAACAGGACUUCAGUUUGCAGGAGCACAUUUGCGUGAGCUUCAACAAGCUUUGAAAAACCCAGCUGCCAAUAUGGGGCUUAUCUUUGAUGAAGGUGCUAAAAGAGCAAAGAGAGCCAUAGGUUUUGUAGAUGCAGUUCAGAUAGAAGGCAUCCAUCCAAAUCUCUCCGAAUCUGCUGGCAUUCUGUCAAGAGCUAUAAAAGCUUUUGGGUAUACUGCAGAAGGGAUGUUGAUGAAGUAUGGAAAGACUGUUGUGGAGGAACAAUUCCUUUUGAACAGACUUGCAAAUUCUGCUAUUGAUUUGUAUGCUAGCGCUGUUAUACUCUCUCGUGCAUCUCGUUCCCUGACUUUGGGUCAUUCAUCUGCUUCCCAUGAAGAAAAGAUGACAAAAGUUUGGAUAAGUGAGGCUUCUGAUCGAAUUCAGCUAAACUUGACAGCUAUCAAGUCUUCAGUUGCCAAUCAGAACUUCAAGAAUUUGUCUGCUAUUUCCAAAGAAUUGUGUGACCAAGGAGACAUAGUAACUGAGAGAGCUCUAGGGUUCUAAAUCUUUUGAAGAUAGAAUUUUAUAGUUAACCCAUACUCCUCAAUUUUUCCAUGGGUGAUUAAUUAAAUUUUAUUUUAUGGUUUUACCUUUGCUCUUUAACAGAUUAUCAUAUUUAUACAAUGCUGAUUAAUAGCAUUUUCAACUGAUUUAAAAAAAAUAGUAAUUUAAAAGUUUUUAAGAAAGUACAACAUAACAAUGCAAAUACUUUUUAAGGAAUUAUCCUUUAAUUAUUAUCCGCUGUAAACUGUAUAUAAAAAUUUAUCCUUAGGAUAUUCUCAGUUACCAACUGUAUAUAAAGUAAUGUACAGUACUUAGUUUUAUAUGCACAUAAUAGUAUUAAGUAUAAGUAAAGUAUAUUAUAACAAAUUUGUAUGCAUGUUUUAUGAUUAAUUCAUGUAAGGGACUGAAAAUUUGCAAUAAAUUAGUUAUUUA